AUGAGGCCGAGCCGUCCGGCUCUUGCAGUGCACACCUCAGCGUCCGUGGAGGAUGCUGCCGUACACCAUCGGCUUGCUCAGCUGGAGGAAGAAGUGGCACAACUGCGAGCAGACAAUGCUCGACUGAACGAGGCCCUCCUGCAGCUGGGUACUGAAAACGAGAUGCGCCAGAGCCCCCUGGGCCUCGCGAGACAGCGGGGAGCCGUGGCAACAGAGAAGAGGACGGAGCGAUUCCACAGUCCUCCUCCACCCGACUGCUUGCGGAGUACCGAAAACUUCACCGAUCUGGUGUCAGAGGAGCCUCCGGAGUCUAUUCGUGCACUUCGCCGACGGGAAACUCGUAAGUUUCUCAAAGACUUCAAAGACGCUUGCCGCACAGCCGUUGCCCGGACCCGGUCUCUGCAGAGCGCAGAUUACGGCUGA